CAAAUGAGUUUAUAAAAGGCUUGAGUUACUAACGGGGUAAACUCACAGGCAGGUGACCUUCUUUGUUUAAGUUCUAUGGCUGAACACUGUCGGGUACAGCCUGGCUUGCAUUCUUCUUGGGCUCGGUGGAUGGAGGGCCACGGCAAGGUUGCAGCUCACUCUGUAACAGAUUCUGUCUGUGGUAUAGAGGAGGGAGAGGAGGAGGAAGGAAGCCAUUUCAGACCCUUCUGCAGCUUCCAGAACCUUCUGCUGCAAACAUGCAAAUUAUUUCAUUGAGCAAAACUGAUUUGCCAGUAGCCAGCCUGGAGCCCAGCAAAUCACCCAUCUUUAGGACAAGAACAGAUGCCCCUAUAUGGAUGGGACAGCUCAAUGGACCCACACUCUAUGGGAUUGAUUCAUGGGGAAAGGACCUCAGCCCAGCUCCAUAGUGCUGCCCUCCUGUGAGAAUCAGACAGGAAGAGACCUACAGCUCAGCAAGGAGAGCAGAAACUGGGAAGUAGCUGAGUUACCUUCUUUCAAAGACAAGAGACAUUGGAAUGUUCCAGAAAGAAAGAGUUGCCUAGCAACUCUUUUCUGUUCCAGAAAGAAGAGUUGCCUAGCACUUUGGCUUCCCCGGAGCAGAGAGGUUAGAAGCUUGAAAUCAGAUAUGUGGGUUCAAAUCCCACCUAGACUGUGGGACCUGGGAAAGCUAUUACACCUCCCCAGUCUCACCUGUCCUCCCUGGAAAUGGAUGAUGAUAACAGUACCUGUCCCAAAGGACACCUGGCUCAAAGAAGUGAUUUAAGUGGGGCAUACUCUUACCACACUGCCUGGCACAUGCUGGAGCAUGAACAUCCUGAGGGCAUAUUUUUCUUUCUACGUCCAAGCACUUACUAUAUUUUCUACAAAGUGAAAGUCAAUUAACAGCUAUUGAUGGAAUAAUUCUCUAUUGAUGGAAUAAUUCUCUCUCUUGCCACAUGAGUUGUCUUAGCACUUCUGAUGGUCCGACAAGGAGCCCUUCUCUGAACCAGUAAAGGGGCUGCGAGGCCCAGCAGCCUGGACACGGGCCAAGAAGUCAAGAACUGUUGACACCCACGUCUCCACUCUCCUACUGACACCAGCGACCACCCAGCCCAGCGCAACCAUAUGGCCUCUUGUUUUCCUGAUGUAUGAGGCUGGCCCCCAGCCAGAGUCCGGAGCAGCCCCACUGAUGAGUGACCUGAUGAAGCGGAUGGGACUCAGGGCCCCUGCAUGACUCCGGCGGGCGCCUGAGCGAGCCGGGCAGCGGGCACCCGGACCAUGGCCAGCACGGCCGUGCAGCUGCUGGGCUUCCUGCUCAGCUUCCUGGGCCUGGUGGGCACGCUGAUCACCACCAUCCUGCCGCACUGGCGCCGCACGGCGCACGUGGGCACCAACAUCCUGACGGCCGUGUCCUACCUGAAAGGGCUGUGGAUGGAGUGCGUGUGGCACAGCACGGGCAUCUACCAGUGCCAGAUCUACCGCUCGCUGCUGGCGCUGCCCCGGGACCUGCAGGCGGCCCGUGCGCUCAUGGUCAUCUCGUGCCUGCUGUCGGCCGCCGCCUGCGCCUGUGCCGUCGUGGGCAUGAAGUGCACGCGCUGCGCCAAGGGCACCCCGGCCAAGACCGUGUGCGCCGUGCUGGGCGGCGCGCUCUUCCUCCUGGCCGGCCUGCUGUGCAUGGUGGCCGUCUCCUGGACCACCAACGACGUGGUGCAGAACUUCUACAACCCGCUGCUGCCCAGCGGCAUGAAGUUCGAGCUCGGGCAGGCCCUCUACCUCGGCUUCAUCUCCUCGUCCCUGUCGCUCAUCGGUGGCACGCUGCUUUGCCUGUCCUGCCUGGACGAGGUGCCCUCCGGGCCCCACCAGGUGCCGCCCAGGGCCACCACGGCCACCACCGCUCCCGCCUACCGGCCCCCCGCUGCCUUCAAGGACAACCGGGCCCCCUCAGCCACCUCGACCUCGCUCAGCGGGUACAGACUGAACGACUAUGUGUGAGUGCCCAGGGCCUGCCCCUCCCCGAGCCCACGGACCCCGGGGUGGCACCCAUGCACGGUCCCGGCCACUCUCGUGUCCAGAGGAAUAAUAUGAUCGUGAGGGGAGUGGGCUUAGAACACAGGGAAGGAGGGGGGAAUGGGAGGAGAGGAGCUCUAUAUACCAAAGACUUACAACAAUCCUUUCUGGGUUUUUUAUUUAUUUUAUGUAUUUAUGUGGGUGAUUUAAUAACAGCUGAAUGCAAAGCAACUCGGGAGUUUGGUCUGUGGGGUUUGUCUGCGGUAUAGGAAUAAACCUUUUGGAUGUGGUCGUGCACGAAAUAGACAGUAUCCGUUUCUGUUUCCGAUCUGUCCUGUCUGCUAAGGUCUUGUAACCACCGCACACCGUCACAGCUUCACGCGGCAAAGCGAUGGGGACACUCGGCGAGGGGCCCCGACCCACACAUGAUGGGAAAAUCAGAGGAGGGCUGGGCUGAUACUCAUCGAAAAGCUGCUUGAGCAACACCCACCAAAAACUGUCAACUCCAGCUUAAGUGCAGAGGCAGGGCAGGAAGCACAGGGCUUUGGGGGGAAAAGACGGGGCCGUAAAUCACACAGUAAAGGUAAUGUGUUCUAGUGGUAGCCCCUCACUAGUAAGGAAGCAAAAGUCAGCAUUAAAAAGACAAAGCAGGGGGGAGGGGAAUCUCUCUAUCUCCUGGUUCUGAAUGCCUGUUUCCCUUCCCAAGUUAGGCAAGUUCUCAACUAUCCCAAUAUUUAUAGCAGCAAUG